AAACCAAACAAAGAAACCUCAAAAACCAAUAUAAGGUAUCACAAACAUAUAUAAUUAAUAUAUGGCUUAUAUGACCAAGAUUGGUAGCAACACCAUGACCAAUGGUGUAACCACAGUAGAUUGUCAGAAACAAGUUAGAUCAUGGAGGCUUCUACGUUCAGUCAUUCAAUUUCUAAUCCCAACUUGCAAUUGCACCUUAGUAGAACAUGAACAAGAUCAAGAUAGUAGCACUUCAAAAAACUGUUACCAAAACUAUAACAAAAAAAACUAUCUAUCAUCACAUUCACUCAUGACAUCUACAACAAUAACCGGUACUAUAUUCGGAUAUCGAAAAGGAAAAGUAAGUUUUUGUAUCCAAUCUAACUCAAAUUCCGCCAACCCGAUUCUUCUUCUAGAGCUAGCGAUCCCGACAAGUGUUUUAGCAAAGGAAAUGAGAGGAGGAACGUUGCGAAUUGCACUUGAAAGUGUUACUUCGGGAUCUUGUAGCAAUAAUAGUAACUUGUUUUCUACUCCUCUUUGGAUUAUGUAUUGUAAUGGGAGGAAAGUUGGGUAUGCUGUUAAGCGUAGGCCUUCGAGAAGUGAUUUAGAAGCGUUGAAUUUGAUGCGUUGUGUUUCUGUUGGUACCGGUGUUAUAAAUGGAAAGGAGAUUCGUCAAGAAGAUGAUCAACUUAUGUAUCUUAGAGCUAAUUUUCAAAGGGUUCGUCGUUCGUCUAAAUCGAACUGUGAAUCUUUUCAUUUGAUUGAUCCUGAAGGAAGUAUUGGUCAAGAGCUUAGUAUUUUCUUUUUUCGCUCAAGAUGACCUUGUUUAUGUUUCUAUUAAAAAAUCAUGUCAAUUCGACCGUUUUUCUGAGGUAUAUUGUCCGUUUUGAAUCUUACAUGAAUCCUCACGAUUUUGUCCUAAAAAAGACUCUCAAUAGGCUGAAGAGAAACCCGAUUCUCAAGUAAUGUUGGAUUUUUUGGUGUAAGGACCAGCUUCAUUUAUUCAACUUAAUUAAUUUUUGAGUUGUGCCUAGCUAUUGUGGUCAACUAUAGCAUUGGCAUGGCUUUAUGAUUGUUUCAUAAGUUUAAUUUCUUUCUUUCUUUUUGUAUGUACUAUUUUCUUCAUUGGUUGUGCUAGACAAAACCAGAAUAUGGUGACAAAUUGGGAGAGAGAGUGUGCCAAGCCUAUAGGCUUUUUUUCCCCUCUCUUCUAAUGGAAAAUAAGAAUUGUGUUGUACCUAAUUAUACUUUUAAUUUCCAUUUAGUUAUGUGUUUGGUUUGAA